GGCACCGGCAACUGGGAGUCUCAGGCCUUAAAUCUUCAUCUUAUGUAUCCAGUUCUGAUAAUAUCUAUUGGCCUCUUCUACCGACCGACCCACUCCUCUGCCCGACCUCUCCCUACAUUUGUUUUCCCCUAAUAAAUGAGGCUUUACCGCCCCACUGGCCUUCACAUUCCCAUUGCCCCUGAUUUUAUUUCCCGCUGCCCCUGAUUUUAUUUCCUACUGCCCCUGAUUUUAUUUCCCACUGCCCCUGAUUUUAUUUCCCACUGCCCCUGAUUUUAUUUCCCACUGCCCCUGAUUUUAUUUCCCGCUGCCCCUGAUUUUAUUUCCCACUGCCCCUGAUUUUAUUUCCCGCUGCCCCUGAUUUUAUUUCCCACUGCCCCUGAUUUUAUUUCCCGCUGCCCCUGAUUUUAUUUCCCACUGCCCCUGAUUUUAUUUCCCACUGCCCCUGAUUUUAUUUCCCAUUGCCCCUGAUUUUAUUUUCCAUUCCCAUUGCCCCUGAUUUUAUUUCCCAUUGCCCCUGAUUUUAUUUCCCAUUCCCACUGCCCCUGAUUUUAUUUCCCAUUCCCACUGCCCCUGAUUUUAUUUCCCACUGCCCCUGAUUUUAUUUCCCAUUGCCCCUGAUUUUAUUUUCCAUUCCCAUUGCCCCUGAUUUUAUUUCCCAUUGCCCCUGAUUUUAUUUCCCAUUCCCACUGCCCCUGAUUUUAUUUCCCAUUCCCACUGCCCCUGAUUUUAUUUCCCGCUCCCCCUGAUUUUAUUUCCCAUUGCCCCUGAUUUUAUUUCCCGCUCCCCCUGAUUUUAUUUCCCAUUGCCCCUGAUUUUAUUUCCCGCUCCCCCUGAUUUUAUUUCCCAUUGCCCCUGAUUUUAUUUCCCAUUGCCCCUGAUUUUAUUUCCCAUUGCCUCGUCCAACUGGCCUUUCAUUUCCUGUUACCCCCACACUGGCUGUGAGCAAAGAGGUUCCACUGAAAAGCUGGACGGAGAGAAGAGCGCAUGCGUCCCGCAGCAGUGAAGCGUUUGCUCGCAGCAGGUCGAUCGUUUGAACAUAUGGAUAAUGGAGACUGGGGGUACAUGAUGACUGAUCCGGUCACACUGAAUGUAGGCGGCCAUGUCUACACCACCUCCCUCUCCACUCUGACUCGCUAUCCAGACUCCAUGCUGGGGGCGAUGUUCGGGGGGGAUUUCCCCACGGCUCGAGACUCCCAGGGGAACUACUUCAUCGACAGAGACGGGGCUCUUUUCCGUUACAUCCUGAACUUCUUGCGGACAUCAGAACUGACUGUGCCGGUUGACUUUAAGGAGUUCGAUUUGCUUAGUAAAGAAGCCGAUUUUUAUCAGAUUGAGCCUUUAAUCCAAUACCUGAACGAUCCCAAACCCCUGUACCCCACGGACACCUUUGAGGAAGUGGUGGAACUCUCGAGUACCCGGAAGCUGUCCAAGUAUUCCAACCCCGUGGCGGUCAUCAUAACCCAGCUCACCAUCACCACCAAAGUGCACUCCUUGCUGGAAGGCAUUGCCAACCAUUUCACCAAGUGGAACAAACACAUGAUGGACACGCGGGACUGCCAGGUCUCCUUCACGUUUGGCCCGUGCGAUUACCACCAGGAGGUCUCUCUCCGCGUCCAUCUCAUGGAAUACAUCACAAAGCAAGGCUUCACCAUCCGAAAUACCCGGGUGCAUCACAUGAGCGAGCGCGCCAACGAAAACACCGUGGAGCAUAACUGGACUUUCUGCCGACUGGCUCGUAAGACGGACGACUGACCCGUAGUGCUAACGUUCUUACAGCUGAAACGCCAGACGCAGGAGAUGCCAUGUUACCUAAUAACGCUUUUAUUUUCUAUUUGUACAACUAUUUAUUAGCCAUUUUGAGUGGAUCGCUAGUGUGAUUUUCCGUCAGACAUUCCCAGCUUCUCCAUCAUGUAUGCAUGUGCUUGUAUGGAGGAGACUUUC